AUGAAGGUAUUUCAGACCAUCUGCAGGCAGCUUAUAAGUUCAAAGGGGUAUUCUGUAAAACCAGCCCCCAGUGUGGUCUUCUCCACUUCCUCUUAUACAUGUGGCGGGAAGAAAAAAGUGAACCGUUAUGAAGAAGUGGACCAAAAAAAGUACUCUGAUUUAGUAAGGUCUGUCUUGUCAUUCAGAGGCCAUGCUCAGACUCCACACCCUUUGUUCGAGGAAGAUGCUUUACUCUAUGGGCCUGUGAGGAAGUGUAAGGCCCCGAAGCAAGAAGAAGAGACAGGAGGUCCACAAAACUGGGGUCCUAUCUUCAGUCUGGAGAAAAGCAGAAAACCAAAUGCAACAAAUGAUCCUACAAUUCCUCUGAAAAUUACUUUGCAAAGGAAUAUGAUACCAAGGGUGACCCGAGUCCUUCAGCAGACCAUGAACUCAGAACAGACUUCCUGUUUGGAGAGGUGGAAACAGUGGAUGAUUCUGGAACUGGGAGAGGAUGGUUUUGCAGAAUAUAGUUCAGUGUGGCUUGAUCAUGGUGGCCUACAGAGACGGGUCCCCCACCCACCCACAUUUCAUGGACGCAGAGCUCUGCUCCCAGUACUAGGCAAAGUGACUUCUUCGACUAGAAGAAUAUACAAAGAAGGAAAAGAACCUGAAUAUUCAGAAACUAGAUUAGGGGCAGGAAGCUGUGUGGGAACGUUCAGGACUUUCUCACAGUUUGGGAAGAUGUAUUGCUGUUUCCUGUGA